AUGAGCUCGAAACACCCGCCCCAGUUCCAGUUGCCCUCCGUGGCGGGUUCUCCAACUUCACCGCAGGUCGUUCGAACGCUCCGUAGAUUCCAAUCGCAUCAAAGCCUCACCUCAAACACCUCAACUUUUCCUCCUAAUCCGCGCCAGCCACUCCAGCGCAAUCCUGCCAGCUAUCGAGACCGUCCUGAAGAAAAUGCAGAACGUCAAAAUAAUACCGAGGCUCCUACGUUUCUGACUCGUACUCGAACCAGAUCCAAUAGCGAUGUUACAUCAAACAGCAUUGCUGCCGUACAACAGCAUCAACAAUAUCAGCAACAGCAAAACCAUAGGCGACCUGCUGGUGGAAGAAAAUCUGGUUCCUUGGGCUUCGUGGGGAGACGGUCGAGUCUAGAUAUCUUGCUAAGGGAUGGUCCGUCUGUGGAUGGUAUGGCUGCAAGCUUACAGGAUCUGAGAUACCUUGUUUUGUCCAAUAGAGUCGAUUCCGACGGCGAUGGAAUGUCACCACAUCGCAUAUACCUCUGGUUAGCGCUUCUUAAUAUUGCGCCUCUGCCAACGGACGAGUACCUGUCCCUCGUCCAUCGGGGACGCUCCCCCGCAUAUACUAAGAUUCGCAAUGAUACUUUCCGAACUUUAGCCACGGACCCGCUUUUCAAACGUCGAGUUACGGAGGCAAGCCUGAUUCGCCUGCUGAAUGCCGUUGCCUGGAAGAUACAUGACUCAAAAGAAGAGACUGCAAAACUUCACAUAUCCCAACAGGAACAUUACGCUAGAACCCUUUCCCUAGAACCUUCUCCAUCUUCAACUGAUGGUUUUUCCUCCACUCCCUGUAACACACCUUCUACGACAUCACACGCAACAUCCGAAUCCGCAAUAUACGUGCAGGGAAUGAACGUUCUUUGCGCGCCAUUUCUCUACGCUUCCAGAAGCGAAGUGGAGGCCUUUGCCCUCUUCCAUUACUUUGUCACCAGAGAAUGCCCUGGAUAUGUCAGGGGUACCAUGGACGGUGUACACAAGGGACUUAAGCUCGUGGAUAAAUGUUUGGAGGUCGUCGAGCCCAAACUCGCAAACCAUCUUUUUGGCAAGGGGAUGUAUGCUGAAUUAUAUGCAUUCCCGUCCGUUCUUACUCUUUGCGCUUGCACACCACCUCUACCUGAGGUUCUGCAUCUGUGGGACUUUCUUUUCGCUUAUGGACCGCAUUUACAUAUUUUGUGCAUCGUUGCUCAGUUGAUUAGGAUGCGGGAUCACAUUUUGGCUAGCCCAAGUCCGAAUAAAAUUCUCCGCGUGUUUCCCGCACUAGACGCCAAAGAGAUCAUUGCGCUUACUGUCCUAAUAGUACGAAAGAUUCCUGAUGAUUUAUACGAGGAACUUGUCGUUCACGCUCAGUAA